AUGUCAAAUGCAAAUGAUGCAACCCCAAGACGAGACGCUCUUAUAUUUUAUUUGUACAUAAGUACUCCAGACAAAUGUAAUCAUGAUAAUAGCUGGUUUUAUUCAACCACUGAUUGCUCGUCCUUGCAACUAAUAAUGAGAGGAUUAAUAAUGCAGAGAUUAGAAGAGACAGAGAUUGAAAAAUUUUAUGACAAGUAUACAAAUAUAAAUAAGUACUUACUCAGGGCAGUCGGCUUGUGGCCUCAGAUUCAGGUCGAAGGGAAGGUUGAUUCGUUUUGGAGACGUGCUCUAACAACAUUUUAUAUUUUUGUUCUUCUCAGUCUUACCUUGACUCAAUUCUACCACGUCUACCUAAUUUGGGGAAAUUUCUCUGAUUGCCUGGAAAUAUUGUGUAAUACGACAACGUCUCUUCUUAUAGUUCACAAGGCAGUUAUAUUUUUUUCCAAGCAACAUAUUAUUCUUGAUUUUGAAGCGCAGGGUAGAAAAAUGUGGAUUGCAGAAUUUCGGGACCCGGCCAACACAGAUGCCAUGAUCAGUGCAGCAAAAAUGGCACACAAGCUCACUUACAUAUUUCUGAGUAUUGUAAUAUUUACAAUAGCUAAUUUUUUUCUCGCACCUGCCAUUUCCAUUUUCUAUCAAUGGAAAUCAGGAAAACCACCAACGGAGUUUGUCUAUUUCCUUCCAUACCUUGUUAAAUUGCCUUUAGAUUUGAAUAACUAUGUACAACAUGCUAUUGCAUAUGUGCCGAUAACAAUAUGUUCAGUUUCCUUGAUUUUUUACAUAUCUGGAAUCGACGCGUUUUAUUGCCUAGCAAUUCAGCACCUAGUACUACAUUUGCAGCUUUUACAACGUGCUUUGAUUAAAUUACGAUUAAGAAACCUUGAUAAGAAGGAUCAAACAAAGCUGGCACUGGAUUAUUUACGUUUAUGUGUGGAAAAACAUCGAGCUAUCAUCAAGUAAG